GCCUAAAUUGGUAUAUUUUCACACACCCCGUCCACCAUUGUCCCCCAAAAAUGAUGUCUCUCCUUCCUUCACUACUCUUUCUCCUACUAAUGACCAUGGCCGCUGCAGACCCACUCCGGCCAGGGUUUUACUCUGAAACAUGUCCACCAGCGGAAUUCAUAGUCAGAGAUGUGAUGAGGAAGGCCAUGAUUAGGGAACCAAGAAGCGUUGCUUCGGUCAUGCGCUUUCAAUUCCAUGAUUGCUUUGUUAAUGGUUGUGAUGCUUCUUUGCUGCUAGAUGAUACACCAAACAUGCUUGGGGAAAAACUAGCUCUUUCUAAUAUAAAUUCGCUAAGAUCUUUCGAGGUUGUCGAUGAGGUCAAGGAAGCCUUGGAGAAGGCCUGUCCAGGAAUAGUUUCUUGUGCAGAUAUCAUAAUCAUGGCCGCUAGAGAUGCCGUUGCUUUGACUGGAGGACCAGAUUGGGUAGUGAGGCUAGGAAGAAAAGAUAGCUUAACAGCCAGUCAAGAAGACUCAAACAACAUAAUGCCAAGCCCAAGAGCAAAUGCAAGUUCUCUCAUUGAUCUCUUCAGCCAAUUCAAUCUAUCUGUCAAGGAUCUCGUAGCCCUGUCAGGAUCACACUCUAUUGGCGAAGCAAGGUGCUUCUCAAUCAUGUUCAGGCUCUACAACCAAUCUGGCUCAGGCAAGCCAGACCCUGCCAUCGAACCAGGGUUUAGAGAAAAGCUUGACAAGCUUUGUCCACUUUGUGGAGACGAGAAUGUAACCGGAGAUCUUGAUGCGACACCUAGAUUGUUUGAUAACCAAUAUUUCAGAGACUUGGUUGCAGGAAGAGGAUUCCUGAAUUCGGAUCAAACCCUUUUCACAUUUCCUCAGACUAGAGAAUAUGUAAAGCUUUUUAGCAAUGACCAAAAUGAAUUUUUCAAUGCCUUCGUCGAGGGAAUGUUGAAGAUGGGUGACUUGCAGUCCGGGCAGCCUGGUGAGGUAAGAACCAAUUGCAGGGUGGUCAAUAGCCGGGCUGUGGAUGUAUUACUUGAAUCUUGAAAGAAGAAAUUUUAUUGCAUUUGACGCCAUUAAUAGAAAUAGAAAAUUUCGAGAAUUGAGAAUAUGACACAGCUAGAGAAUUCAUAUACUCAAAACUUGUCAUAUCACGUGUAGCUUUUCUCUGUUUUAUAGAUAAGGUUUCCUCGCCUAUCAUGGAAAAUUUCAUGCCCAAUCAAAUAAUCCUUGCUGAUGAAGGAUACCCAUCUUCAUUUCCACCCAAAAACCUAGAAAAACUUGGAGUGAUCAACACUCGUGCACUCCACUUCAACGAAUCCAAGGCAAAGGACGUGCGCUGAGGCAACCUUCAUCCGACAUACAAGCGUAUGUAUUGCACUUGCUACCAUAUUCCGACACAAAUCAAUUGUAAAAUUUGGAUCAGUGCUCUGACCUCUAUCUCCAUGUCUAAAUCAUAUAAUUAUCAAAUGACCAACGACCAAGUGUCAUAUUGCUCACAAUUUGAACCAAGAUCACUUGAUUGCCGAUUUCAGGGGAAAUUGCAGAAUUAAUGAUCUAGGAAAAGAUGCACAAACACCGAGCUUGAAUGUAGGAUUGAAAUUGUGUUCACAAGCAAGAGCAAUUUACAUUUAUUAGCAAAACCGAAAGUACCAUUAAAAUUUUCUUAAUUUAUUUGGCCUAAUAAAGGGUAUCUUCAAAAGCCAAAGAAAACAAGAUCAGCAACUUCACAUGCAUGCUAAAAACUCAACCCGUUAGCUUUGACCAACGUAGUAAAACUAUUAGAGGCGAAC